AUGGAGUUCCUGGCGGUGUGGCAGAAAUUUGGUCUAGUCCUCUUCUGUACAGUUCUUGGUCUGACAUUGGCCGUCUGGCAUGGAGUCAUUGAACCACCCAUCAUCAUCCAGUCAGCAGAAUGGAAUCCAGUCAAGGUCAAACUCAGCCAUGGGGCCCAAAGAACUGUUCCAGACGGUGGUGUCAACGUAUCAACAGCCCGAAAACCACCCGUCACUUUAAUGUCAGCAGAAUGGAGCCCAGGCACUGUCAUCCAUGGCACCCAAAGAACCUUUCCAGGCAAAGAUAGCCUCAACAUAUCACAAGCCGAAAAAGAGACAAUACAAAUUUCAAGUUGCGUGUCUAACUUUGCCAGUUUCAGGGCAGCCUAUAACUCCGUAGAUCGACCCAAGAUGGAGAUAGAUCGUGUUGAAAGCCAUUCCUAUCUUACAACUAACAGUCGAGUGUUGGAAGUUGGAGGAUACACUGGAGUAGAUGCGGACAAACUAAUCAAGAGAUACAACCCUUAUUAUCUGGCUCUCGAACCCGUACCCCGCUAUUACAAAAUCUUGGAAAGACGAUUCAAAAAUAAUCCCAAAUACAAACUUUUUAAGUUUGGACUGGGAAGGGAGAACAAAACCCUGUUUCUGAAUAUAGAUUGGGAUGCCACGUCACUGUUUCGGGCCAAACCAGCGUCGAACAAAAUCAAGAGGGAGAAAGCACAUAUUUAUGAAAUCACGGGCUUCUUUAAACAUAUUGGUAUGUCAGCAAACCCCAUAGACCUGAUCACAAUCAACUGUGAGGGGUGUGAAUUCGAGCUGCUUGAACUGAUAACAGCAUCCGAAAUAGUAAAGUAUUUGAAAAACAUCCAGUUUCAGUUUCACCUUGACCUUCCAGGAAUAACCAAUCAGGAGGCUCGUUACUGCGGGAUCAUGACAUUGUUGUCCAGGACACACAGACCUACUUUUCAGUAUUCCUACAUAUGGCAGAGCUGGAGACAAAAGACGGUUUGACUAUUGUCAAAGAAUUAUCUAGUUCUGUGGUUAAUAUUGUUUUUCUGUCGAAGAUAAUGAAUUAAUUCUGUCAUUGAAUUGUUGGAGUAAGUUUGAAGUUCCCACACAAUCGACCAAUAUAUAAGUGACUAAUACCUAGUCCUAAAUUCAGUUGGAUCAUUAAGCAACUUCUUGUUGUUUUUUCUAAAAUUGUAGCACAUUUAUGUAUUCAAAUCAUGCACUUAUUUUUAA